GUGCGGAUUCAGUUUCUGAUUGACAGCUUGACCAGCGAACCAGUAGUGUUCGUUUUAAGGGCGGGUUUUUAGUGUUUAGGAAAUGGUUUCCAAGUUUUCUGCACGAUAAGCUAGAGAGGAGGAUGGAUGCCACUCAGCAGAUUGAUGAUCCCUUCUCUGAACAGGAAGAGGAGGAGAAGGAAGGACCAGAAAGAGAACAGCUAGCAACAUUAAAGGUGUUCAAAAACAACCACAUACAAGAGGCAGAAUUCCCUCUCUACAUCGGAGAGAAUGUCAUCGGUCGUAAUCCUGCUCUCUGCUCUGUUCUGCUUCCGGCCCAAUCUGUAUCCAGUCGGCAUGCUGUCAUCUCCAUCUCAGUGUUCUGCUCUAGGAAAGACCGUUUUGGUAACGGUGAUGAUGUAGAAGCACUUUUAUGGGACAUGGGCAGUUUGAAUGGAACCAGGAAAGGCAGAUUCAAACUAACGCCUCAGGUACGAUAUGCUUUGACUGAAGGAGAAAGUGUGGUGUUCGCUGAUGUGCCAUGUCAGUACAUUGGCUUGAACAUCUCAAAGAAAGAUACACGCAUAACUCCAGAAAAUGGAGGAGUGUCCAAAAAGGAGAAAAAUUCAAGUCCAGUGUUAUCAAGCAGUGACUCGGAGUCAGAGCUGAGUAAAGGCGUGCGGAAAAGGUUAAAUGUGAAAGAGAGGAGCGUUCUGCCUCCUGUGCCUUUAUGGAGCCCUGAGGAUGAACAACCCAAGACGAGUUCACCACAGCCAGCUCACAAACAUCCUGAGAUCACCCUGGUGCCUGAAUCGGAAUCAGAUGGAGAGAAUGCCACGGAUGAGAGGAAAGAUUUUGUUUCAGACUCGGCGUCGUCCUCUCAUCUGUGUAGUUCCACUAAUUCAUCAUUUCUGACCCCUGCAAAAAAAGUCAUUCCAGAGAGUGAGGAUGAAAGUUCUAUCACUCCAUCUUCAGCCUCCAUAGACCGGUUCAGACUGCAAAACCCUGAUGAGCCCGGUUCAAAUUCAUUUAAGCCUAGCCCUCUAGUCCUAAAUCUGGACCGUGACAUUGAUUUAGAAGAAAACGACAUAGAGAAAAGCAAGCCUGAAGCAGAGGCUCACCCUGACUUAGCUCCUAAGGUGGAACCAGUAUCUUCAGCUGAAUUUCAUAUGGACAGUGAUACUGAUGUUGAGGAAGAUGAGGAAGAGAAAAGCAAGACUGAAGCACAGGUUAACACUGAAGAAGCUCCAAAUGUGAAGUCAGAUCUUCAUGUGGACAGUGAUACUGAUGUUGAGGAGAAUAAGGCUUAUGUAACUGAAAACGUCUCCAAAAAGGAUUCAGUUACAGAAAGUCCUCCAUUAGCACCACAAUAUACAGACUUCCACUUGGACAGUGACACUGAUGUUGAAGACGAUAAUCCCAUGAAGGUUUCCAUUGCAACAGAGGUUUUACAUCCUGUUGGAGAGGGAAGUGAUGUCAGACCUACAUCAACUCCAGCGACAGAGCUGCACAUGGACAGUGACACAGAUGUAGAUGAAGAGAAUGAGGACAAAGAAAAGGUGAAGGCUAGAGACCUUCUGUCUAACAGUGAAACAGAUGAUGAGGAUCCUUUUAAACCUUUACCAGACAAAGCUGUGAAGCCUGCAUGGAGUCAGAAAUUUUCUGUAGAGCAAUCAGAAAAGAGAACCCAUAAAAAACAAGACCAUUAUUCUCAUGCAAAGACUAAUCUUGAGGAACCGACCCAAGCUUUUGGCCAUUUAGACGAAGACUGGGACUUGCUUCCCACACAAGCAUAUGGAACUGCUGGAGCCAGUGCUAGGCUCAAGCCAAAACAGCUUGAUCUUGAGGCUACACAAGCAUAUGGAACAGAGACAGACAUGGAGGAAGAGCAGGAGCCUCUCAACCAUACCCAACCAUACGCCAACCUCUCAACUGCUGAAACUCAACUCAUACAUGUAGCAAAGCCUGAUGAUGGGGAGGAGGAGGAAGAUAAAGACACACAAAAUGACUCUCACCUUUCCACAUCUGACACUUUGAUCAUAGCCAGCACCCCAAAAAGAGAGGAGCAGACACAGCAAUUUUCUAUCUUCACAGCCCAAACACAACUUAUCUGGGAGGCAGAAGACCAAGAGGUUUAUCAGAAUGAGCCCACCCAGCUCAUGACCGACACCAUCGAUGAAACGCAGGAGAGUGAGGAGAUCAUGAAGCAAGGUAAGAGAACGGCACACAAAGGUAAAAACACCAGCUCCUCUCUUAUAAUUGCUGAAACUCAGCCCAUGUGUGAGGAAGUAGUGGCAACAAAUGCAGAUCUGAAUGGGGAUGGCUUUCAGAAACCAAGUACAAGACAGCAUGCUGAGAAAUAUGAUUCUGCAUAUCUUGCUGAAACCAACUUCAGCUCCCGUCUCACUAUUGCUGAAACGCAACAAAUGUGUGAUGAUGGAGAAGCACCAGAUCAGGACAAUAUGGUGACCAGUACUCGUAUAGAAAUCGCUGAAACACAGCCAAUGUUUGAGGUAGAUGAAGCACCAGAGGAUGAUCAGAACAAUGAGGUCAACAGAAGGCAAAGCGAAGGUAAGUCCAUACCUCAUAUUGAAAAAGCCUCUGCCUCCAGUUGUGCCAUCCCUGAAACACAGUCUGUUGGCGAAGAUGAUGAGGGACAAGAGCAAGAGCUCAGCAGCAAGACGUCUAGCAGAAGAUCACGCAGGUGUAGACCAAAAAAAGGGAAGGAAGUCUCACAACUUGCUGAGGCUGUUCCCGAUCACACUAUAACAGAAACGCAACCAAUGUAUGAGGAACAACUAAUCGAGGAUCUGAAAAGUGAGCUCAGUUCACCAAGUAAAAGACAACAAGCAGAUGAAUUGAAAUCACCAGAACUUUCUAAAACUGACUUCAAAACAUGUGUCACUGUUGCUGAAACACAACCUAUGUAUGAAGAAGAGGCAGCUUGUGAGGAUCUGAAUAAUGCGCUUGGCACCAGGCAGAUAGAUGAAGACAGAUCCACAGAACUCCCAAUACCCUCGAGCUCCCAUAUCAGUAUAUCUGAAACACAGCCUAUGCAUAAGGAAGAUGAUGGACAGGGAAAAGACCUCAGCAGGAAGAUGACAAGCAUAAGUUCACGCAGGGGAAGACCAAAGAAAGACGAAAAGGUAACACAAACUGUUGAAGGUGCUAUUCAUCAGAAUAUCACAGAAACCCAACCACUUCCUAAAGAAGUAAUUGAAAAGGAUGAAGCUCUGAACAGCGGAGUGAAAUACAGGAGGUCCCGCAGAGGAAGGCCAAUAAAAAAGGACAGCGUUCCACAACCUGCUGAAGCUGCUGUUAGCUCCCUUUCCAUUAACACAGAAACUCAGCCUGUUUAUGAGGACAGAACUGAAAGGGAUGAAGAUCUGAGUGGCAUCAGAUCCAAAAGACCCCGCAGAGGAAGACAAAAAGACGAAGAUGAACCUACACAGUCUGCUGAACCUAACUCUGAUCUCAGUGUUGUUGGAACACAGCCCAUGGUUGAGGAGAAUGCUCAAGAAGAACCUAGUGGCAGAAGACAGAGGAAAGACAAGACAGAUGUGCAGAACGAUCACACCCAAGAAACACUUAUUGGCAGAAGUAGCAGAAGACAGAGGAAAGACAAGACAGAGGUGGAGAGUGAGACAACUGUAUCUAGUAAAGCCCAAGGUAAAACUAGAAAAGGGCAGGAAGGAAAAAGAAAGAGGGGGAAAGCAUUGUCUGAGGAUGAGGAAGAAAGUGAAGUGGACAAAAACACAAGGAGAGGAACCAGACGGACAGGCAUAAAACUGAAGUGUAAUGAAAAGGAAGAAGAGGAAAGAUUGGUGGAGAGGGAUGCCCAAGAAGUGAAAGAGAAGAUGGAUAAAGAGCUCCAAGAACGAGAAAAGACAGAGAGGGAAGAAAAUGAAAGACUGGAGUAUGAGAGAAAGAAACGAGAAGAAUGUGAACAAAGGGAGAGGGCUGAAACGGAAAUGAGACAAAAACUAGAACAAGAGCAGAAGGAAUUAGAGGAAAAAGAAACACUGAAAAGGGAAGAAGAAAAAGUGAAAAAAGAAAUUGAGAGAAUUCAGAGGGAAAAGGAAUUUUUAGAAAAAGAAGAGAAGGAGAGGUUGGAGAGGGAGAGGAGAGAACUAGAAGAGCAAAGACGAAAAGAAGAAGAGGAAAGAAUUCAAAAGGAGAAGGAACAAAUAGAGAGGGAAAGAUUAGAGGCAGAAAGAGAAAGACAAGAAAAUGAGGGACUUCAGAUGAGAACAAGAGAACAAAAAAAGACAAAGGAGAGAUACCAUCAGAAAGAGCAGAAGAAUGAGCGACUGGAUGAGGACAAGGCAGAACCAGAAGCUCCUCUAGUUCCUCUGGCCAGACAAACACGCCGCUGCUCAAGCUCUUCUAUGAACUCUGAUCAGUCUCCAUCCUCACAAUGGGAGGCGUCCAGUCAGAGGGGACGAGGGCGGGGCAGGGGGCAAGGCCGAGGGAAGCCGACAACUGAUGAGCAACCCAUCAGUGCUAGACAGUCUGGCAGGAGAGGACCAGCUAGUGCAGUUGAAGACACCGAGCAGAACUCCAAUAUAACAACCCGUUCCCGCUCCAGUUCUAGAAGUUCUGAAAGAUCUGCUCAUAGUAUUGGACCUUCGAAUCAAGGGACGAGAGGAAGAGGCAGAGGCAGGAAGAGUACGAAACUACCGGAACCAGAAGUUGUUCCCCAACCUAAAACUUCUGGAAAAUGCAGGGGAAGAGGAGGAAGGCAUUCUGGUGCGCAGAAUGUAAAUGUUGAAAUGGACAAUGAGCAUGAACAAGAUGUUCAGGUGGUGGAAGACAGCACUGCUGUGCCCCAAACCAACAGCAGAGGUCGUAAGAGAGCAGCAAACAAUAGCGUAUCCCCAGAAGAGGCUCCUUCACCCACACCCAAGACUUCAAGGCGCUCUGUGGCUAUUCGGGCACACAAGGUGUUAUUCACUGGGGUGACAGAUCAGGAUGGAGAAAGAGUUGUCUCCCGGUUAGGUGGAAGUCUGGCUAGUGGAGUGAACGACAUGACUCAACUGGUGACUGAUAAAGCAAGGCGCACUGUUAAGUUUUUGUGCGCUGUUGCCAGAGGGGUGCCAAUCGUGACUCCUGAUUGGCUAAAAAAGUGUGGAAAAGCUGGCUAUUUCCUUUCUACUGAUGAAUAUAUAUUGAAAGAUGUCGAGCAGGAGAAAAAGUUUAGUUUCUGCCUACUGAAGUCAAUGCAAACUGCUCAAACUCAACCUCUUUUAAAGGGUUAUGAGAUUCACGUAACCCCUUCUGUAAUGCCAGAACCAUCUCAAAUGAAAGAAAUUAUCACCUGCUGUGGAGCACGUUUCCUCCCCAAAAUGCCGCCUGCUCACAAGGAGCACACUGUGGUGGUGUCAUGUGAGCAGGACAGGGUGCUUUGUGAUAAGGCAGUGAGUAUGUCAUUGCCCGUGGUCACCACAGAGUUCCUAUUGACUGGCAUUCUGCAGCAGAGAGUUGACCUGCAGGCCUAUUCUCUCACUUCUUCUCUCAACACAUCCAAUCAGCCUGCAGCCCCCAAGACUGCUGCCAGGGGCCGUAGGAAGUAAUGACAAUGACAUAGGAAAGGUCGUUUGUGUAAUACAUUUCCGCCAGUCUAUGAUAGAAUCUAAUACAUUUAAGAUCAGAUUGCGUAAGAUCAAUAUGUGAUGCUUAUUUCAGUUUUAUGAAUACAGUAAUGAGUUAGAUGAGAUGCUGCUAUACUUGUAACCACACAUCCACUGAUCCACUGAGGGCUGGAGAGUGUGAGGUGGAUGUCAAUGAAUGAUGAGUGUUAGUGAAAGGAGAAUGAGCUCCUCUCAUUUUUUAACGCAUUACUUCAAUAAACUCUUUCAGAGCCUAAAAUUAAGAAAUAUUUUGCGUUUUUGCCCUUUGAUAUUCAUAAAACGGCAUAAAUAAAAACCAAAUGCAUAUAAAAACGACAAAAAAGUCUAGUGCACAUUUGUAUUCAGGACGUUGGUCUCGGUGAUGAAUCGAUCUGAAGAACACCUUAAAGACCUUCACGUCUGUUCUGCAAAGGUUGGCUGAGUGAGUUCAGAUCCACUGACACGCCCAUAAGGGCUUGAGGCGCCGGGCUUUACCGACCGCACUCGAGACGCUGCAAGAUACCGAACGGAUUCCUAAGGUGCA